UUGCACAUACUUUUCAAUAAAUGUUAAAAUGUUGAUAAUUUUUUUCUUUUAAAAACGAAAGAAUGAUGUCAUUUUUGCUCCCUCCCUCCUGCCUGCCCUUUUUCCUCCCCCUCUUUCCCUCCUCUCCACCACCCCUCAUUUUGAGGUCAAAGAGACCACAAAUUGGCUGAGAAUAAGAUUAAAGUCCGGCUCCUACAAACCUCCAUGCCUAGUGUCUGCGAUUACAGGGAUGUGUGGCAGGCACAGUUACUGUCCGAGAUUAGAGAGAGGUGCUGGGAUGGAACCCCAAAGCUCUGUACAGUAGGCUAUGUCCUCACCCUGCCAGGACUUUUUUGAGUUGUCCAGGGAAAAGACACUCAGGUGCUGUGUGGGUGACAAUGAUGAUGGUGUUAAAUAAAAGGAAAGUGUCAGAGAUCCUCCCUUUUAGGUUGGAAGCAUGGUGGGGGGGGCGGAGCAGGGCCCCGUGGGCGUGGCUUCUGGCUUGCUGACGUAGGCAACGUGUUUGCGUUGCCGCGCUAUUGUUGCGUCAGAGGAGCUCUGGCCGCCAUCUUAAAAGCCGCGGAGUGAUCGUUGGGAGCCGCUACCGUUGUGCCUCGCGUUUCUCCAUGAGGAAAAUGCUGGCCGCUGUGCUGUCUCACGUAUUUUCGGGAAUGGUCCAGAAGCCUGCUCUCAGAGGACUGCUGUCAUCUCUGAAGUUCUCCAACGACGCCACCUGUGACCUUAAGAAAUGCGACCUGUACCGGUUGGAGGAGGGCCCACCGACCUCCACCGUGCUCACCCGAGCCGAGGCCCUCAAGUACUACCGGACCAUGCAGGUAAUUCGGCGCAUGGAGUUGAAGGCCGACCAGCUGUAUAAGCAGAAAUUCAUCCGUGGUUUCUGUCACCUGUGUGAUGGGCAGGAAGCCUGCUGCGUGGGGCUGGAGGCAGGGAUAAAUCCCACGGAUCACAUCAUCACGUCCUACCGGGCUCACGGCUUGUGCUACACGCGGGGACUGUCCGUGAAGUCCAUUCUCGCCGAGCUGACAGGACGCAAAGGAGGCUGUGCCAAAGGCAAGGGAGGCUCUAUGCACAUGUACGGCAAGAACUUCUACGGUGGCAAUGGCAUUGUUGGGGCCCAGGUACCCCUGGGAGCUGGUGUGGCUUUCGCCUGUAAAUACCUGAAGAAUGGUCAGGUCUGCUUGGCUUUGUAUGGAGAUGGUGCGGCUAACCAGGGGCAGGUAUUCGAAGCCUACAAUAUGUCAGCCUUGUGGAAAUUACCCUGCGUUUUCAUCUGUGAGAAUAACCUCUAUGGAAUGGGAACCUCGAUUGAGAGAUCAGCAGCCAGUACUGAUUACCACAAGAAAGGCUUUAUUAUCCCCGGACUGAGGGUGAAUGGGAUGGAUAUUCUCAGUGUUCGGGAGGCAACCAAGUUCGCCGCUGAUCACUGCAGAUCCGGAAAGGGGCCCAUUGUGAUGGAGCUGCAGACCUACCGUUAUCAUGGACACAGUAUGAGCGACCCAGGGAUCAGUUACCGUUCACGAGAAGAAGUUCAUAACGUGAGAAGUAAGAGUGAUCCCAUAAUGCUUCUCCGAGAGAGAAUUAUCAGCAACAACCUCAGCAAUAUUGAAGAAUUGAAAGAAAUUGAUGCAGAUGUGAAGAAAGAAGUCGAGGAAGCAGCUCAGUUUGCUACAACGGAUCCAGAACCACCUGUGGAAGAUAUAGCCAAUUACCUCUACCACCAAAAUCCACCUUUUGAAGUCCGUGGUGCACAUAAGUGGCUCAAGUAUAAGUCCCACAGUUAGAUGUUACCUAUACAUUUGUUAAAAAAUUUUUCAGUGGGACAUUUAUGGUGUACUUUAGGAAACUUCAACUUUGUUAAGGAGGAAUAAAUAAAAUGGCAUUGCAGACAA